AACAAUGGAGAUGACGACACCAUUCAAGCUGGCUUCCUGGAAAAGUUCAAGAGUCACGUGAUCCUGGAGAGUUCUGGACUAUGUAUUUGGAUGAUACCAACAACAUUUAAAAGUUCUUGUGAAAUGGACAUUACAAACUUUCCUUUUGAUUCACAAGAAUGUGAAAUGACUUUCGGUUCCUGGACAUAUGACAACAGAUUACUGCAAAUGGAACAAGUGCACGAGACUCAUGUCAAGACUGAGAAAUUCGUGGUUAAUGGUGACUGGAAUAUACGAGACAUAACAAUCAAAAAACAACAGAUCAAGUAYAUUUGCUGCAAACAUCCCUUCUCGGACAUCACCUAUACAUUUAUUCUAGACAGGAAGCCCAACUAUCACGUGAUGUACUUAAUUGUUCCUUGUGUUAUCAUAUCUCUUCUCUCSCUCCUUUCAUUCGUACUYCCGCCUGACUGCGGUGAAAGAGUUGGCUUGAGUAUCACGACCUUGUUAGCRAUGAGUGUUUAUUUGCUUAUCAUGUCUGAAAUCAUACCAGAAACCUCAGACUUCGUUCCAAGGCUUGGAGUUUAUUAUAUAACAGUCAUGGUACUGGUGGCUGCUUCGCUGGCAGCUACAACGAUCACUCUGCGAUGUCACUAUAACAGAAAUAAGCCUCCAAAAUUUCUCAAAAAACUUUUCGGUUGUAAAAAACGUCAUCGUCGUGUAUCAAGCUCGGUUGUCAUGGAAGACCUGACGUCAUGUGACGCAAAUAACGUGAACAGUGACGUCAUUAAGAGUCAAGAAAAGGAGAAGAGCAGAACUGAAGAUCUGGAGAAAUUGAGAGAGGAGUGGCGAGAAUCUUGGAUUGAUAUUGCAGCUGGCCUUGAUAAGUUUUUCUUCGCUGGGUUUGUGAUAACAUUUGUCGUCACAAGUCUGGGUAUCUUGUUGUCAAGAGGUUAAAAAUGAUAAAGAAAUUGUUUGAUAGCAGGACUAGGUCAUUCAUUGUUUUUCCGCGGCAGGCUUUUGCCCGUGAAGAGUUGUAAUAUAUUAGCUGAAAUGAAAAGCAAAGCGUACAGCUGAGUAUGUUAUACAUAAGUUAUACUAGCCUUCUUGAACAUGUCUUCUUUAAAUGGUUAAUAUUGUAUCGUUUAGCAGUUGAAAAAGUUCAAAUAUCAUGCAAUAAAACUAUUAAAAUUAGUAAAGGCAGUAUUAAUAUUCAUGAUGUAACUUGGAGAUAAAUUAAGAACAACAACAACCUCCAUGUUGACAAUUUAUAGUAAAUUCAUGAKGAUCGGUCAAUAAAUCUGAA